GGCAGUGGAGAAGUUUACAUAGCCGAGAUUCUUUUUCUAGAUCCCGCUGGAAAAGUGUACAGUUCGGUUAAAUUCACUGGAAAACGUGCAACCUAAACUUGUUAAAAAAAAUGAGACUUCCACCCUUGUUGUUGUUUGCAGGGAUCUGUGCACUCUCCCCUCUGAUACACUGCGAAGAGCAGCGAGUCCCCGAAGAGAAACUUCUAGUUGUGACUGUUGCAACCAAAGAGACGGAUGGCUUCAAGCGCUUCAUUCGCUCAGCUGAACAUUUUAACUACACUGUCAAGGUUCUUGGUGAGGGUGAGAUAUGGAAGUCAGGCGAUUACAUGUCAGCUCCAGGGGGAGGCCAGAAAGUACGACUCCUCAAAGCAGCUCUGGAGGAGAUGAAGGAUGAGGACAGAAUCAUCCUUUUCAUUGACAGCUAUGAUGUGGUUUUCGCCUCUGGCCCCAAAGAGCUGCUCAAGAAGUUCCAGCAGGCCAGACACAAGGUGGUGUUCUCCUCUGAGAGCCUGAUUUGGCCCGACAGACACCUGGAGGACAAACACCCCCACGUCGUCGAGGGCAACAGGUUCCUAGGCUCAGGAGGUUUCAUUGGCUACCUUCCCAACAUCAAAGAAAUGGUUGCUGAUUGGACCGGAGAAGACAAUGACAGCGACCAGCUUUUCUUCACCAAGAUUUACAUUGAUCCGGUUAAAAGGAAAGCCACCAAUAUCACUCUGGACCGCAAAUGCAGAUUGUUCCAGAACCUUCAUGGAGCCCUCGACGAGGUGAUGCUGAAGUUUGAGGACGGGCGAGUACGAGCCAGAAAUGUGCUCUAUGAUACGCUUCCUGUCGUCAUCCAUGGGAACGGACCAACCAAGCUGCAGAUCAACUACCUUGGUAACUACAUCCCCAACACGUGGACAUUUGAGACAGGCUGCACGGCGUGUCACGAGGAUCUCCACCCACUCUCAGCUCUUAAGGAGAGUGAAUACCCACUGGUGGUCAUUGGCAUCUUCAUUCAGCAGCCCACCCCUUUUGUGUCAGUGUUCUUUGAACGCCUACUGAAGCUCCAGUAUCCCAAGAACAGACUCAAACUCUUCAUCUACAACAGGGAAGCUCAUCACGAGGGCCAUAUCAGCUCUUUUCUGAAGGAUCAUGGAAGCCUUUAUCAGGACGUCAAGCUGGUCGGCCCUGAAAAGGAGAUGGACCAAGCUGCCUCCCGCAGCCUGGGCUUUGAUAUGUGCCGGAAGGACAAGGACUGUGACUAUUUCUUCCUCCUGGACAUUGAAGUGGUCCUAAAGAACGAGAACACACUUAAAAUUCUGAUUGAACAAAACCUUCCUAUUGUGGCACCGAUGAUAACUCGCGUUGGUCGACUGUGGAGCAACUUCUGGGGAGCCCUCAGUGCAGAUGGCUACUACGCCCGGUCUGAGGACUACGUGGACAUAGUUCAAGGACGCAGAGUGGGUGUGUGGAACGUCCCGUACGUGUCCAGUGUGUACCUGGUGAAGGCCAGCCUCCUUCGAUCAGAGCUCUCAGACUACGAGCUGUUUACCUCAAACCUCCUAGACCCGGACAUGGCUUACUGCCACAACAUCCGCAGCAAGGGAAUCUUCAUAUAUGUAACCAACAUGCACACUUUCGGUCGCAUCCUGUCAACAGAAAACUAUCAGACGAGCCAUCUUCAUAAUGAUCUGUGGCAGAUCUUUGAAAACAUAGUGGACUGGCAGGAGCGCUACAUUCAUGAGAACUACACUCGCAUCAUGAAAGAUAAGCUGAUUGAAACUCCUUGUCCUGAUGUCUACUGGUUCCCAAUUUUCUCUGAUGUUGCUUGUGACCACAUUGUUGAAGAAAUGGAACAUUUUGGGAAGUGGUCAGGAGGAGCCAAUACGGACAACAGAAUCCAAGGAGGCUAUGAGAACGUCCCCACGAUCGACAUCCACAUGAUUCAGAUCAACUAUGAAAAGGAAUGGCAGAAGUUCUUACUGGAGUAUAUAGCGCCGAUAACAGAGAAAAUGUACCCUGGUUACUACACCAAGGCUCAGUUUGAAUUGGCCUUUGUAGUUAGAUAUAAGCCAGAUGAGCAGCCGUCUUUGAGACCACACCAUGACGCCUCCACAUUCACUAUAAACAUUGCACUCAAUCAACUGGGCCCUGAUUACCAGGGAGGUGGAUGCAGGUUCCUACGCUACGACUGCUCCAUUCAGGCUCCUCGUAAAGGCUGGACCCUCAUGCACCCGGGCCGCCUCACCCACUACCAUGAAGGCCUGCCCACCACCGCCGGCGUGCGCUACAUCGCAGUGUCCUUCGUGGAUCCCUGAACUCCCAAAGACGGCACACAGCGCCGGCUAGUCCGAACCAAACAGGACACACACACACACACACACACACACACACACACACUGGCCGCGACCUUCAGGUGUUCUCCAUUUUCUGACUCGAAGCGGUGACCGUUGCUCUUUUUCAUGAGUUAAUUUGCUUUGUUUCUGUCUUACUUAAAUAAUUUUAUUCAACAUAUUAUCAGUAGACUAUAAGUGCUCUAUUAUAACCAUAAAAACACAGACGCAUAAUGGAACAUGUAAUGUUGACAUCAAAAUAGAGAACCGGGUCAAAAGUAUCACUUCAUUAGAGCAUUCACAAAGUAUUCAUGACUGUCAUGUGUCGUCUUUCAAACACAGUUGUGUUUUCAGACCUGCUAGGCAUUAUGGGUAUAACUUGAGAGCAUAGGGCAUUCCCUUUAUUUUAUUCCACCUAAUGUGGGAUUUACUUUUAUCAACUGGAUUCUAACCAGACCAACAUGAAGUACUCCACCUGCUGAUCUUAUUACCCAGACUCCUUGUUGGGGCCGUGUUAUUAUAGUCCCAGCUCUUAACUAAUUUGUGGAACAAUGUUGUUGCCUUUUGUUUCUGAAGAACAAUGGUGCUUUGCCCUUCUGUUGUUAUGUUACAACACAAUCUGUGUCCUCUUUGAGAAAGCGUUCAGGCCAUUUACAAACAGCCCUUCAGGCAUACAUUGUAGAAUAUAUUGAAUAUUAUAUCACAUGUUUAAAAGACUGUCACAAACUGGGAGUGUGCAGUGAACCGGAUGAUAUAUUUUUAGAUUAAAGAUUCUCUUCAGCAAUAUCAAACAAAUGGAUGAUUGUUACUAGUUUCAGUAAGAAAGCUACUGUGUCAUCAUCAUUCCUCAUAGAGCCACUGUGGUCGAAGCUGAGGGCUCCUGUUUGGUGUGGAGUUAGGGUGUGGAUCAGAAAUACAGUGGAUGUGUUGGGCCUUGAGCUGGACUUCUCUCAGGAAAUCACCAGGAGUUCAGCUCAGAUUCCCUAGAAAUGUUUUGGUCAAAUCGUUCUUCAGUAAGUUACACUAACUGUGCCUUUUUCUGUAUCCAAAGCUACUCUUUUCUAAAUCUUUCUUGAACCGAGACACUCCAAAGCCUGUUAUUCUAUUUAUUUUGUGUAUAUUUUUUGGGAUAAAAGACACACACACCCUGAUUUGUUUUGGAUUUGCAAUAGAAAUGCUUUUGUGAGAUUUCAUAUUGGAAUCAGAGCUCCCUUUUUCAUGUGCUGAGUUUGUAAAGCGAACAUACUCACUGGUGCUUUGAACACAACUUGAAUAAAG